AUGUUUUCCCGAAUAAUCGCGUCUAUCAGCUUCGGCGCCAGCGUUCUUGGUGCCCCUACCUCACAUGCAGCCGCUUGCGAUAUUGCAUCAUUGAAGGCCGCCACCGACAGCUAUAUCUCUGCUCAAACAGCUGGUGACUCUACAAAACUUGCCGCUCUCUCUUCGUCGCCAACUUACACAGAGAAUUUCAAGACUGCAGAUCUCACCAAGGGGAUUUUGUCCCAGUCUCUGAAGAUUGACCACAACCACAGUCUGCAUGACACAACUGCAUGUGCGACCUAUACUGAGUUGAUUAUCACCGACUCCAAGCAUCCAUCCGUGACAGGCACGCAAAUGUACUUCACUGAUGGAAAGAUCUCCAAAAUUGAGACCAUCGUCACAGACAAGGGCGACUGGCUUUUCGACGUUGCUGGAACUUUGAAGUGGGCGUCUCAGGAACACUGGGAUGAGAUCCCUGUGGAGAAGCGUGACAGUCGUCAGGCGAUCCAAGCUGCCGCUGAUGCGUAUGCUGAUAUCUUCAACAACAAGAGCGUCGUCGUCCCCUGGGGCCAGCCGUGCGCGCGGCUGGAAGGAGGCAUGUAUACCGGUAAAGGCCAGCCAAGCGAUAGAUGUGAUGUUGGGAUCCCGAGUGGCGUCAACAACACGCACCGACGCUACGUCAUCGAUGAGUCAAAGGGGAGCGUGGAUUUGUUCAUGACCUUUGCGGAUAAUCUUCCAGAUAGUCAUGAGUUCCGUCUCGAAGGAGGCAAACUCCGCUAUGUGCAUACGUUGACGGUCAUGGGUAGCUAG